GCUGGUUUGAUUGAUCAGCUUAUCAGCUGUAGUUGUUUUCGCAGCACAUUGGGUUGCCGAUGUUUUCUCAGAGUCGUCGACCCAAGCGCAUAUAUCAGAUGAGUCACGGAGUGUUAAACCUGUCGAGGAACCCACUGUUGGACUGGACCUUCGGCCACUCACUCAUUAACUGCCACGUGGAGCAUCACCUGUUCCCCUCACUGUCUGACAACAUGUGUCUAAAGGUGAAGCCAAUUGUGUCGCAGUUCCUGAAGAUGAAGGCGUUACCGUAUCAGGAGGAAGACUAUCUCUCUCGUCUUCGUCUCUUCUUCCACAGGUACCAGGAGCUGAUGGUGUUUGCUCCUCCGAUCACUGAGCUGGUGGGGGUUCAGUGACGGAGAACCACAAGAACUGUCACAGAUCCUCCAACCAGGACUGUUUAUUUCAUAUCUAACUAGUGUACAGGUUCUACAAUGAUGCUAAAACACACACACACACACACACACACACACACACACACACACACACACACACACACACACACACACACACACACACACACACACACACACACUGCAGCUUCCAUCAUGAACACACCACCUGAUGGACCUUCUGGUGUCGCCUAAAGAGCUACCAAAGACCAAUAUGAAUAUUUAGGGCCCUAGAUAGGGAACAUAGUGUAUAUUAGUGAAGCCCUGUACUGUAGGGGCUGCACAUUACUCAAAAGUUAGUGCCCCCACUGCUGCCCCUCCCCAGUGUAGUAGAUUUGGUCUUUUACUAAAGCUCUUUGAACAGAAACUAAUGCACAUUUCAGCUGCUUUACAAUUAAACUAAAAUAAAUUUGCUUUGUUUUCAACUUUCAAAUGUAAUUUCUUAUUUUCUUAUAUUGGGUUUAAGUAAACACUAAAAUAACACUAUAUUAAAAAAAAGUAGCUUAAGUUUAUUUUGAUAAUAGUAGCUUUUUAAAAAAAGUUUAUGAUAAUUAGUUGUGAUAAAGUAACACAGGAAAUCCUAAUGAUUGUCUCCAGGACGUUUCUUGGACCAGUCACCUGUAUUAUUUCUUAUUUAACAGAGAUGAAGAAUUUUAUUACUCAGGACACAGAAACACAAAGUGAACAUUGGGGCUACUGCCACACAGCCACCAGAGAGCGCUAGUGUGAUGGUGUAAUAUCAUCUGCUAAUCUCUGGUUCAUAUCAAUACAUCGAGUGAAGCAAAAACAUCCUGUAAACAAGCACACACGUCUCUCAACCAGCAAAAAUCAGCAAAUUGUAUUAAACACUAAGAGCUAGGCUAACAGUGCUAACUUUAUUUUUAAACACUGUUUAUGACCUUAAAUAAUCAUGAAGUUA